AUGGAUACAAAAACUUCAACAGAUUUAGACAUAAAUGAUAUAUUUGAUGAGAUAACAUUCUCUGAACAAAAAAAUUGUGAUGAAGGCUACGAAGAAGGGUUGAUAAAAGGAAUUGAUGAUGGUAAAAUAGAUGGGUAUCAUUUAGGUUAUCACAGGGGUAUCGAAUUGGGUAUGGAAAUAGUUAAAAUGAACUGCAAAACGACACAAGUUAAAUUACAUUUGACUAAAUUAAUUCAAACCUUCGAAUCUGGACGCUCUUUGGCAAACUCUAACAUGACAGAUGCAUUCACUAAACAAUUAUGGAGUAAACAUGUACCUAAAGCCAUACAGGUAGAACUUAAUACUCAAGAAUCAUUGAAAACAUUCAUAAAACACUACUUCGACAUAUUGAACAAUGAAACUCCUGUUGAAUUUGCUCAAAAUUAUCCCAAUUUGAUAUCAUAUUUUAAUAAUAAUCUAGAGUAUGUUAUAACAAAUGAUAAAAACAUAGUGCUGUCGUUGGAAAAAUUGGAAAAUAUUUUUACAGAAAGGAAUAGUUUGUCAAAAUCUGAUUUUAAAUUUAAACAAUGCAUGUCGAAGAAAAAACUUCAUGAAGUCAAAUUGACAAGUAAUGUUGCAUCUUCGCUUUGCAAUUUAACAAAGAGUAAACACAUUGUAGAUAUUGGUGGAGGUAAAGGAUAUUUAAGUACAAUUCUUGCACUUCAACAUUCGUUGAAAGUCUUAAGUUUGGAUUCGUCUGAUUUUAAAACUUGCGGUGCUGCCAAAAUGUCAAAAAGAAUGGCAACGUUUUGGAGAGAUGGAACGUUUAACAAAUUGAAAGGAAAAUGUCCGGAGUCGAAUAAAGAAAUAAGAGCGAAAUUUGUUGAAACUCAUCGUAAAUUAGAACUCGCGUACAUAACGCCGAAAACGAAACUGAAAACCAUAUUGGAAAAAAAUUUCGACCAAGAAAUAAUAGAAAAAAUAACUAUGACGGGUUUGCACACUUGCGGUGAUUUAUCGCCGACAUGUUUGAAAUUAUUCGUUAACGACUCCGACAUAAAAUCCGUUGUUAAUUUCGGUUGCUGUUAUAAUUUAAUAACAGAAAAAUUUUUAUACAAUUCCAAAGAUGACAUCCGCGGGGAAAAUGAUAAGGAUUUCGGUUUUCCGAUGAGUGAUUUUUUAAAAGAAAAAAAAUUUCAUAUAGGAGAACAAUCUAGAAUGGUCGCAUCAUAUAGUUUGGAAAAAUUACAAAGUACAAUGUCGGAAAAUGCCAUGCUUCACACUUCCAUGUUUUUUCGAGCGAUUCUUCAAACUAUAUUGGAAAAAAAUUUAUGCCUCAAGGAAAGAGUCAAAAUUGGAAAACUUGCAUACAAAAUAAAAAAUUUUCACGAAUAUAUAACGAAAGCAAACGAAAUGUGUAAUUUAAAUAUAAACAUGGACGAAAAAGACGCGGAAGAAUUAUACGAGAAAUACAUGAGUGAAAAACCUAAAUUCAUUGCGUUAUUUUUCCUUAGAGUAACACUCGCGCCGAUAAUCGAAUCGAUUAUUUUAUUAGAUCGAUAUUUAUUCUUACUCGAAAACGGAAUAGAAAAUGCAUAUUUGGUUAAAAUAUUCGAUUUGAAAAUAUCUCCAAGAGGAUUUGGAAUUGUUGCCUGGAGAGAUUAA